AUGAGUCAACCAGCUUCCAGUCGCAAGAGGUCGGCAUCGGCCAUGUCCAUGAGUGACAGUCAAGACGCCCGCUACGGCUCUCAAUUUCUUAAUGACUCCAUAAAUCCUCUCAGUCAUACACCCUCCGUUUUGCGCCAGCUUCGCCUCGCCGGACUCACGGAGACGGACCAGCCUCCUUCGCGGACGCAGCCCAGGUUCCCGCACCGCGCGUGGCAGGACCCGGAUGCGCCGAGUGGACGGGGAUCCGUCGCCGCUGCCAAGGCCCUGGUAAGCAGCGAUGUAGAACAAACUAACGACCAGGAGACGGAAGAAAGCUCUGACGAUUAUGAGGGGAGGCGGAGGAGGAGGAAAAGAGACGGGGAGACGAAGGCCAAGUACGCCUCCGAGAAGUCGAUGUUCCGGCCCUUGGUCCGCGCCAUCUACGGGUUUCUGGACAAGGGUGACACAUCCAGCGCCAAACGCGCCUUUGGGAUCCUUGUGAGGUCCCACGUCCACGGGAAGCCGGUCGACAUCAGGCGGAAUAACUACUGGGCCCUUGGUGCCGAGAUCCUUAUGCGCGAGGGCGGCGGUACCUUCGCCAGCGCCGCAAACGACAGACCAGGAAUGGAUGAGACGUACCCCGCGUCGAACGUUCCCCGGGUGCGCGAGUACUUCCAAGACCUCAUUCAACGCUACCCGUACAACUUCAAGUAUCGUGCCGCCGUCUCCGCCGUCGACUUUUGGCCCGCACUGCUGAGCUACGAGGUGUUCCAGAUACAUAGGCAGCACGAAUCGUAUCUGCAGCAGCUGGAGCGCGAGGCUGAGGACUGGGAGGACGACUCUUUGCAAGAGGCGUCGUUGUUCGGCGGUGGCGACAUGAUGACAGACGACGCUGACUUCAGGAUGUCCACCUGGCAGCCCGAUGCGCGGGACCGACGGCUGCGCCAGGCGAGGGAUCAAAUUCGCCUACGUUCGCUGGAUGCGCUGCGCGAGAUCGCGGGCCGCAUGGACGAUUUGCUCGAGGACCGGCCGUUUUCGCACAGUCAUGAGCUGCUGCGGUUACGUGGAAUGGUGUCGUUAUACAUCGGCGACCUACUCAUCCCGGCAUACAAGGACACGGAUGGCCAGAUAACCGAGGCAAGGAUACGGCGUGAUGCAGAGAGGAAUAACGCACGAAGCAGCUUCCAGAAGAUGGUGGAACAUGGCGGACGACCCGAUGUGUUUAUUCAAAAUAUGCUCGCCUCCGCCGAGCACGACGAAGGCCCCAUUCUCCCGGUUUUCUCGUCACUUCCUAUUCGAGAGUACCGCACGGCUAUCUAG